CACAAGCGGUCAUAUCAAGAACUAGAAGACCGGAAGUCAUGUUUCCAGUUAGAAAAUGUUUGCAAGUUUUCUCAAAUAUCAAGAAUGUUACAAAUCCUAUUAAUAAGGUGAGCAUCCGGGGCAAGUACUCAAAACCAAGACCUUUUGGAAGAAGUUUAUUCUGGGAUGAAAACACAGACCCAAAGCCUGAUGAAACACUUCGCUGGGCACACAGGGAAGUGAAACCGUGGGAGAAGCCAAAAAUGGACAGACUGUUACAACCAAAGCAAUACACAACAAUGGCAGAAGCACCACUUGGAAAAAUUUAUGAUAAAAAGCCUUUUAAAUUUUUGGUGGAAGAGGGGAAAACAUAUGCCUGGUGCACGUGUGGUGCUAGUAAAAAACAGCCAUUCUGCGAUGGAAGUCAUAAAAAACUGGAUGGGUCAUCAUUCAAGAAAACAACUCCAAUGUUUCGUCCCCAUAGAUUCACAGCAGAUGAAACUAAAGAAGUUUGGCUGUGCCAGUGCAAACAGACUAGCAAUAGACCUUUCUGUGACGGUACACAUAAACGGGAUGAUAUCCAAGAGAGGAAACUAUAGGGAAGUGACAAACACUAAUACAUAUAAUUAUAAACAGGAGGAUUAUAUUCAAGAACGGAAACUACCACCAUAGUGUAUCGAAGGAAUAAAUAAAUAAUUACUCACAAGCGAAAUUUUGUUCAAAAGUUUUGUCUAGGCUACUACAAAAUUAAAUUAUAUCAACUUUUGAAAUAGAGAUAUUUUUUCUUGGUGAAUGAUCGCCACCUUACUCAGCAUUGGAGUAUUACCGGCCUACUGGGGAUCUACUCAAGCUCAACAGUUUACAUAUAACAGUUUAUAAUCUACUCAAUCAUUCGGAGCCCAUGACGUGUUACUCUCUUAACAAUGGCAUAAUUUAGUCUCUGGGUGUACAGUGCACAUGGCCUCAAGAGCCCAAACUUUUGUACUUGUACAAUGCACGUGUUACUAGUACAAUGUACAUUGUACUUGUUAGCAUAAGAAUCUGGAUUUGAGAUACGCACAACAUUUGUUUUUACACUGAAACACAUUGAUACAUGUUAAGGACAGGUCAGGAGAG